CCAAAAAUCCCACACUAACAUGACACAUUCAUUGCUGAUGUUGUUGAGAGAGAAGGAGACAUUAAACACAGAGCAAGAAAAGAAAGUUAGGCAGUCAGGCUACCCCAACUAAGUCUUUUCCUUUAACUAAAGUAAUUCCCCCUCCUUAAAGAUUCUUCACCUUCCCUUCUUACUUCACAUCCUCCUCCUCCCCUCUCUUUCUCUGUCAUCUUGCAGUGUCAACUUGCUGCAAGAACCCUUCUUGCAUGAACUGUUGUUAAGCUAUUUUUUCGUGCUGAUAUCUCUGAACCUAAUCUGAAUAAAUGACGAAGAUAAGUCCAGAAAUUGAGGAAAAUAUGCAGGGAGAAGUAAUUUUUCCUGUUUCGGCUGAUGUGAGCUUUGCUUCUGAUGGGUUUCCAAGAUAUAAAUUAGGACCUGAUAAUCAGAUUUUGGAAGAGCCAAAGGAGGACAACAAGGGUCCAUCUUUAAAGGAAGUAGUUGAACAGGAAACUGUGCAGUUGUCAGAUCAGCACAAGCGACUCUCAGUUCGUGACCUUGCCUGUAAAUUUGACAAGAACUUGACUGCUGCUGCUAAGUUGGCUGAAGAGGCAAAGCUUAGAGAGGUGGCUUCUUUGGAAGGACAUGUUCUUUUAAAGAAGCUUAGAGAUGCCCUGGAAUCAUUAAGAGGUUGUAUGGCCGGGCGAAACAAGGAGGAUGUGGAGAAAGCCAUAUCUAUGGUGGAGGCAUUAGCGGUUAAACUGACUCAAAAUGAAGGAGAAUUAAUUCAAGAAAAAUUUGAAGUGAAAAAGCUGGCCAACUUUCUUAAACAGGCUUCUGAAGAUGCUAAAAAGUUAGUGAACCAAGAAAAAUCUUUUGCUUGUGCUGAAAUUGAGAGUGCCAGAGCAGUUGUGCAAAGGAUUGGAGAAGCCCUAGAUGAAGAAGAAAGGGAUGCUCAGAAUUCAAAAAACCAGGCUGCUGAUGUGGAGGAACUAGUUGAGGAGGUUCAAGAGGCUAGAAGAAUAAAAUUAUUGCAUCAGCCAAGCAAGGUUAUGGACAUGGAGCAUGAGCUUCGUGCGCUACGAAAUCAAAUUCGGGAGAAGUCUAUAGUUUCAGUUAAACUUCAAAAAGAGCUGGCAAAGAGCAAGAGAGCUGAGCAGAAUAAAUCUGCUCCAUAUGUCCUAGAUGGUUCUGAAACUCUAGGUUCAUCUCUACAGCUCAAGCCUCGUUCAGAUAGUUCUCCACCCCUUUCGAAGUGUUCAGUUCAGUGGUACCGUGUAUCAUCUGAAGGCAGCCAACAUGAAGUUAUUUCAGGUGCUGAUAAAACAUUUUAUGCUCCGGAACCCUUUGAUGUUGGCCGAGUAUUGCAAGUGGACAUUGUUUCAAAUGGCCAGAAAGUCAGUGUAACAACUUCUGGUCCCAUUGAACCUGCUGCAGGAUUGGCAAGCCAUGUAGAGAAUCUCUUGAGAAAAUCUAGCUUUGAAUUUAGCGUGGUUAUUUCCCAGAUGAAUGGGCAAGAUCAUGCAUCACAUUCUGUCCAUGUGUUUAAUGUUGGGAAAAUGAGGAUAAAGCUUUGUAGAGGGUGGAUUACAAAGGCUAGAGAAAUUUAUUCAAUGUCAAUGCUGUUAUGUGGAGUUAGAACCAACAGCAACACUGCUGCAAAGUCAUUGUUUUGGCAACCAAGGAAGGGCCUUUCAUUCGUGUUAACAUUCAACUCAGAGCGAGAUAGGAAUGCAGCGAUAAUGCUUGCCAGGAAAUACGCCUAUGAUUGCAAUGGGGUCAUACUUGCUGGACCAGAAGAUCAAGCAUAGAAUAACAUGACUGACCAUUUUUUUAUUUAACAAGAUGCGAGUAUAAUCAGGUUUUCACAGCUUGAUUGAUUGUAGUUGUACUUGUGUGUAUGUGUUUGACAUGGUGAAAGAAGAAUACACCUUUCUGAUUGCUUUUCGAGUUCGACUAAUUUGGUUGCUGUCGUUUUAGGCAUAGUUUUUUGUUUGCCUAAUCCUCUGCUGUAACAAAUCAACCAUUUUUGAUUGAUUGGUUCUUUGUGCCUUCCUGUAUAUCUUUGACAACUUUGUGCA